GACUGCUACAAUUUAAGGAGAGCGAUACUUGUAUUGAUAUAUUGAUAUAUACAGGAGUAACACGUGGGAGUGCUACAUUUUUGAUUAGAUCAGCAUUUUGUUUACAUUUUGUAUGCACGCUGACGCUGACGCUGUGGUGUGUAACUAAGGUUAGCCUGAUAUUAGGACACGCUUAUUUCUCAUUCUUUACUAGUUGACCUAUCUCCGUUUUACAUAAUGGAAUAGCUGCCUGGCCGGUAUAUACCCCUAGCCUAGUUGAUGCUUUUCUUCUGAGACAGUAUGGACAAUGAGCAGUCACAGCUGUUAAAUCUACCACAGGAAAUACUUUUGAUAAUCAUUCAGUAUUUACCUUCAAGUUCACUGACUGCUUGCUGCCAGGUUCACCCUAAACUGAAGGACUUGGUACACCAUCAUCAUUUUCUAGACAGACAUUUUAGAAGCACCCUUGGACUGCUCUCCGGGAAAGAUGAGGACAUUAGCUACGAUAUGGUCCCAAAAGAAAUGCCGAAUUUGAUGCACCUCUGGUUCUACACCCACAAUGCAGUUACUUCCGGAAAGACAUUGCUGUCACGUGACAGCCUUUUCUAUCCGCUGGAAUGUUUUCAUCACUCUCUGUUGACGUGGCUUGCACAGGCCAUUAGCACCAAGCCUGGAAUCUUUGAAGGGAAUCACAAUUUAGCUUCCUCCUACUCGAACUUCACAGACUACCACAAGUCAAACCUGUUUAAGAUUGUUUAUAGAUUACCAUCAUUCGUCCUCAAGCCUUUAACAAAAUUAGCCCUGCUCUUUCCAGACCUUAUAUGGAGAACCAUUCUAGCUACCCAUUGCUCCUUGCAUGACGGGAAACCAGUCAAUCUUCAAAACGUCUGGUACGAUGGAUUCACUACCGAUCAGAGAGACCAUUUCGACAAUCAGUUUUGCAUGGAGAUUCUCUGCGACUAUACAAAAGAUUAUUUCGCUAAGAUGUCCGCAUUGCUAAUACUCUUCAGGAAAGACAGAUGCAUUCUUUGGACAGGGGUAGUCGCCUGUUUUCCGGGAUGUAAGUUUGAGGAAACGUGGGCGAUCGCCUCCCUUGAUUCGACCAGCAAUGUUGAAUGCACUAAAUCAAGAUGCCAAACAGUGAUACAGACAUUCCUAACGAAUGCCUCUACGGAGACAGCGACAAACUGUCAGUGGAAGAAGAGGAACAUUUAUCCAGGACUUUGUUUUCACAUCCAGUCAAGUUGCAGGGAAAGUCUCACAUCUCAUCUUCAAAAAGAAAUCGAACAGUUGUCUCUAUGUUUAAAAGAAGUCUUGAAUUCCGGCGAUAUUUUAAAAACGGAAAUUCCCGUUCUCGAACCGAACUCUCUGCAAGAAGUUAUCAAGUUCAAUCGAUCUCGUGAUAAUGUAUUGAAUGAGCCUAAGCAGAAUAACUCAGAUCUGUCAACGGAUGAUAUUGCGGCAAGCAUUCUGAAACACUUGCACUAUAUCUAUCGCCAGGAAGUAAUGGAGUAUUUCACAGAUCCUGAUACCCAUGAAGUUCUGUGUCCCGACUGUAGCAGAAAAUGGUUUAUAUCAAACUGUGAAAUCAUGAAAUGUAUUGAUCAGGCUCGUUCCUGCACAUGUUUGCCGUUGCACUUUUGGCCUUACCACUGUCUACAGGGUGCCUUAUCAAAAAUUAUACAUAGUCAGAACAUCGUUUUUUAAUUGUAUGUAAUUCAGCUUGCUAAUUUAAAACUAUUUAUUAAAUGCAUGGUAGGCCUACUAUUCGUUAUAGAAUAUUUCAUUAUUAUAUUAUUGUUAAAUAAAAUAAUGAUUAUAAUGUCCUAUUUACAAUGACCAUAAAUAAAGGUUUAUAUUCGGAAACUGAUUUUUGUUUUCUAGUCGUAAUGUCAACUUAAUGUGAAGACUAAUCCCAUAGACA